CUCCACACACAUAUAUAUGCAUAAUCCAUCAUAAAUUUCUUGUUUUUUUUUUUUUUUUAUUAAAAUUUUUCAUAUAAAGAAAAAGCUUAAGCUAAGAUAUGGGAAAAGAUGAAAAUUUUAGCAGUCUUAUUGUUCCUCCUCCAUGCAAGAAACUGAAGCUAUUUGGGUUUGAUCUCACCAAUAAUAACCCAUCAUCAUCAUCAUCUGAUUCAUCUCAUCAUCAAGAAGCCUAUCAUCAUCAUGAGAGUGUGAAUUCAUCUUCAUCUUCAUCCACUCUUUCAUCAGAAAAGCCUGCAGUUUCCAGCAAGCAAAAAUCAGCAGAAAACAGUGAUGAUCACAAGAAAUUUGAGUGCCAAUUCUGCCUAAAAGAGUUCUCGAAUUCGCAGGCGUUGGGAGGCCAUCAAAAUGCCCACAAGAAGGAGAGGAUGAAGAGGAAGAGGCUGCAGAUUCAAGCAAGAAAAGCUUCAAGUCUCAGCUACUAUCUUCAGCCUCAUCAGAAGAAGAAUAGUAAUAAUAAUUGCAGUGGUGGUCCUUUUACUUAUAAUAUUAUUAAUUACCACCCCUCUGCUUCUGCUUCUUCUACCUGGUGUUUUGAUCCUUCUCAGAGUUAUUUCACAGUUUAUGAUGAAGGGACUCAGAUCAACUUCAGGGCUACUCAAGAUCAUCAUCAUCUGCUUCCUCAGACAAGAAACACGGAGAAAACGGUAAAGAACAAGGAGCAUAGUACUACGAUGAUGAAGAAAUCUUUAGAUCUUGACUUAGGUUUGAAUUUACGUUAAUUAGUUAAUUAGUAGCUAGUAAUCUAUGUACUGUAGUUCAAUUAUUUAGUCUCGCUUCAUAAUCAUCUUUUCCAUUGAUUUUUUUUUUUUUUUUGAAAAUUUCUUCCAUUUUACUUUUUUUUUUUUUUCGAAAUGAAAACUUUAUUAAGAAGUAAGUCUGGAGUCAGAGAAACUCCUCAAGUCAUACAAAGAGCCAUUCAAACAGAGGAGGGAAAAGAAUUGGAAUUAAAAUAAAGAGAGGAGAACGCGAGAAUACAACUAAUAGAAGUUAAAGCAUCAACGACCGUGUUAACCUCUCGAUAGGAAUGAACAAUUGAAGCAGACCAAGAGGAGAGCAAUUGGCGAAUGGCGAUAACAGAUUGACAGAAGGGUGGAGAUUAAUUUCUUGUGCACAUGGUCAACAAUAUGACAGACUGAAAAGUCAUUUGGGUAACUCCUGAUUUAAUUACCUACUCUAGCAGCUCUUGGAAAACUUAAUGUAUAAAAAACCAUUUAUAAAUAUAGGGAAAUGCAUCCUAUCCUAUAGAAAUUAUACAAUUUUUGUUAUUUUUUGUGUGAUUA